CCUAGACGUAUGCACUUGAUGGUAUUCUUAUCAGUGAGUUCGGUGGCUUUUUGCUCGAAGAAUUAUUGCUUGUGGCUCAUGGUAAUUAUUAUUCGGUACCUCAAAGAUGGCAGCUGAAUUCCUGGCUGAGAAUAAUGUUUGCGGUCAGACGAUUCUGCAGGUAGUCGCCGAAGGAAAUACGAUUAUUUGCGAAUUGCUGCGUUUGAAGGAAUUCAUUCCGGAGGUGUUUUGUCUGAAAACUAAAGAAGAACAACAGAAAUAUGGAGAGAUUAUUAUGGACUUUAGCUAUUUCCAAAUUUCGGAUGCACAGGAAGCAAAGAUUGAAGCUGAUGAGAAACUGCAAGCUCUGGACGAGGAGAUCCGGGAGAACUAUUUGGUCAUCUUGAAUCGAUUCUACAUAGUGUUUGAGAGUAUGCAUAGGUAUAUCAAGGAUCUGAAUACGUUUAUAGAGGAGCUGAGUAUGGGCAUGUUUAUUCAACAAUCAAUGGAGAAAGUAUUUCAGGACGAGGAAGGAAAGCAGCUUAUGUGUGAAGCUCUGUACCUGUACGGUGUCAUGCUGCUGGUAGUUGACCUUCAAAUACCCGGCGUGGUUCGUGAACGCCUUCUCGUAGCGUACAACCGGUACAGUGCCUUGAAAACCGACGGCGACAGUAACAUCGACGAGGUGUGCAAACUUUUGCGUUCCACCGGUUUCAACGAUGGUAGCUCUAAUGCGAAGAAGAUCCUCACCUAUCCGGAGGACUACUUCAAUCGUAUCCCGGUCAAUGCAAUCUACGUGGAGAUGGUCAUCGGGAGACUUCGAUCGGACGAUGUGUACAAUCAGAUUUCGGUAUACCCGCUGCCUGAGCAUCGUUCGACGGCAUUGGCCAAUCAAGCCGGUAUGUUGUACGUGUGUUUGUUUUUCGCCACCAAUACAUUGCACAACCAGGCGGCCAGGAUGCGUGAGAUUGUGGAUAAGUUCUUUUCCGAUAACUGGAUCGUGUCAUUCUAUAUGGGAAUCACCGUUAGCCUGCUGAAUGCAUGGGAUCCAUUCAAGGCGGCAAAAUCUGCUCUUCUCAACACAUUCGACACUGCAAAUUUGAAAGAAAUUUGUACAAAGCAGAAGCGUUCGUUGGACACUUUGCUCAAUCGAACGAGAAACAUUCUCAAGGAAGGUAACCUUACCGAGCAAAAGCUACUGGAUAACAUUCCAAAGGUAACACCACUGAUCCGCGAGUGCAACUUGACCGUACGUUGGGUAAUGCUGCAUACCGGAACACCAGUGAUCGACAUCGGCAGUCCGGCUUCGUUGAAGAAGUGCAAACAGGUAAAGGAUCUGAUAGAGGCUGAUAUUGAUUUCAAAGGGAUCGAAUUUUUUGAACUGUUGUUGAACACUGCGCAACUGGAAUCGAAGAUAAGGGAUAUUCUGAAGACUUUACUGGAUGAGCGGUUGCAACGAUGGGAGAACUUCAAGAAGGAAGCUUGUGAACGAAUACAGGACCUGGUAGAUGCUUAUUCUGGUGAGAAACCUUUCGGAAAGAUGAAGAAAAAUACCAGCCUUAGCAAGUGGUUCGUAAACAUUCGAAAAGAGAUUGACACGCUUAGUAACGAGGACAAAUUGCUGAGUGUUUCUGGCAGGACAAUCAUCCAACUGAUUCAGGCUCUGGAGGAAGUGCAAGAUUUUCAUGAUCUGAGCAAAAAUAUGCAAGUCAAGCAAAACAUUGUGGAAACUCGACAAUAUCUCCAUCAGAUGUUCCACACAAUCAGCAUUAAGGAGGAUGAUUUGAUAAAUCUACAGUUGAUUGGUGAUUUCAGUUACGCUUGGCGAUUAAUCGACAGUUACACCCCGAUGAUGCAGGAGAACAUCAAAAAGAAUCCAAGUUUGGUCAUCAAAUUACGAUCCACUUUCUUGAAAUUGGCUUCCGCGCUAGAAAUUCCACUACUUCGGUUGAAUCAAGCUGAGAGCGAAGAUCUCAUGGAUGUUUCCAAAUAUUACAGCAACGAGCUGGCAAACUUUGUCCGAAAGGUAGUACAGAUCAUUCCGGAAACCAUGUUCACAAUCCUGGCCCAAAUCAUCGCCCUGCAGACGAAUGUGAUCAAACAGAUUCCCAUGCGAUUGGAAAAGGAAAAGAUGAAGGAGUACGCUCAGCUGGAUGACCGUUUCAUCAUCGCCAAGUUGACCUACUCGGUUUCUACGUUUACGGAAGGGAUCCUGGCCAUGAAAACCACACUGGUAGGGGUGGUUGAACUUGAUCCGAAGCAACUGCUCGAAGAUGGCAUCAGAAAGGAAUUCGUAAAAAACGUUUCCGAUGCCUUUCACAAUAAUUUAACCUUUAAUCCGAAAGCGAAAGAAUCGGAGCUUGAUGCAAAACUAGCUGCACUGCACAGAAUAAUUGAUGGCUACAAGCGAUCUUUUGAAUACGUCCAGGACUAUCUGAACAUUCAUUGCCUCCGCAUAUGGAACGAAGAAAUGCAGCGGAUCAUCAAUUAUAACGUGCAAAGGGAAUGCAAUCCGUUCAUGAAGAACAAAAUUCAGGAAUGGAAUUCCGAAUACCAGAGCGAUACGAUACCGAUUCCUAGUUACGAACCAGCGGAUAUGGCAUCGAUUACAUUCGUAGGCAGAUUGGCACGGGAAGUUUUGCGUAUAACCGAUCCCAAAGUAACCACCUACAUUGAAAUCUGCAGCACCUGGUACGACCACAAAACCCACAAAGCUGUCCUGACGAACAAAUUUGCCAGUCGCAUAAUCGAAACCUUCGGGCCACCUGGCUUAGUCGGGCUGGAUAAACUCUACUCAUUCUUGAUAACGGCAGAACUUGAAAAUUUCCUGCUCACCAUUCAGCGCAAACUUCAACACGAACCCGUUUGGUACGACGCUCUGAACAAUGUCGAGUCCGAACUGCAUAAAUCGGACUUUAUUGAAACCCCAGCAAAAACGUACGCCAAUCUCACAACUACCUUCACUCGCAUUUGGCCGCAGCUGCAAGACUGGAUCCUGAGAAUCGGUCAGAAGCAGAUUCUUCGAACGCACAUUGCAUUCGAAUUGAACUGCAGCUGUAAGGUUAAGUCUACCAAGCUGGAAUCAUCGCUAAGGGCGUUGAACGACGCGAUCCUGAUGGAUGUCAAACGCCAUACGCUGGACGUGAACAAGCCUCUUCCCAGUGCUGAUCUGGCGUUCGAAUUGAAUCAAUAUCUGGAAUGUGCCGGGUUGUACAACCCUUACAGGAAAAAGUACAUCAGCACAAAGAGCCCCCCAUUUCUACCGCUGUUGGCGUUCCUGUUUGUAAUUGUGCAUUUACCACGAUUCCAGUACAUGAAAAACGUGGACAGUUUGAUAGCCAAGAAAAAGAAUGAUCUCAUCGAUGGGUUUCCCAGCGUGAUUGGUUUGCUAACAUUGUUCAGACAAUUCCAAGUGACGGAGAUGGAUGUUUUCAUCCAGUAUUUGUGCCAGUAUGUGAUGUCCUUCGUAGAUGUCAACCUGAAAGCAAAGCAAGAAAUUUGUCACGAAGCGGUGAUGACUUUGCGUUUCCUGGAGAUAUUUACACGCGUAGCGGAAAUUCAACGCAAGCAACUGGAGCGAUACAUUCCGGAUUCGGUUUUGAACCAGUAUGAAUUUCUCUCCGGGGGCAAAUCUUGACCUUCGGGCGAUUGGUGGUGUAUUGGGAGUUGAGGAAAGAUUUAUAUUUGAGAAUGUAAAUACAGUUAUCAAUUGUUCUAUGUAUUUGAAUUUGAA